AUGGACAGCGUCAUACUGGAGGAUCAUGACUCGUCAUCAGAGAGUGGCAGUGGCAACGGCCUGCCCGCCCUGACACCUCCCUCCUCCGCCGUGACGGAUGGGUCUGUCGUCAGGGAGGCCGAGGUCAUCAACGGCAAUGGGGGCCCCACCCCGCUGGACUUCAGCACCCCCACGUCCUCCUCCUCCUCUUCUGAGGACCAGCAGCCAAUCAACUUAAGCGACCCGCCCCCCCAGCGCCUGCCCCUGUCCUCCUCCCACCUGCCCGUCACCGUUUCUGCCGCAGCUGCAGCUCUACUGGGCGCGCUCCACCCUGACGCGUCCGAGGAGCUCCGCAGGAAGUACAUGCACACUGCCGAGCUGCGACUGGACCGUGACAGCAGGGAGUACGGGGGCAAGUCCCCCCAGUUCAGUUCGGGGGGCAGCUAUGACAGUGUGAAGAUGGAGCUGUGCGCCGAGGACCUGACCAUGGGGCGCCAUGGCAACCAAGUUGCGCCUGACGAUGACGACGACGAUCACGAUGACCACGAUGACAGCGACAAGAUCAACGACACAGAGGGAGUCGACCCCGAGAGACUAAAGGCCUUCAACAUGUUUGUGCGUUUGUUUGUGGACGAAAACCUGGACCGUAUGGUUCCCAUCUCCAAGCAGCCUAAGGAAAAGAUCCAGGCCAUCAUCGAGUCCUGCAGCAGACAGUUCCCCGAGUUCCAGGAACGUGCACGCAAGCGCAUCCGCACCUACCUCAAAUCCUGCAGACGCAUGAAGAAGAAUGGGAUGGAGACGCGUCCCACUCCACCUCAUCUGACCUCAGCCAUGGCUGAGAACAUCCUGGCUGCCGCCUGCGAGAGUGAGUCACGCAAGGCCGCCAAGAGGAUGCGUCUGGAAGCCUAUCACGAUGAGCAGAUUUCUCUGGACAAGUCUUCGGCCGGCGGAGGGGGGAGCCUGAGAGAGCCGGCAUCCCUGGCCCACUCCGCCUAUUCGCUUGCCGCCUCCGCCUUCUCCUCCCAGGAUGCCCAGCUCUACAUCAACGGCGCAAGUCUCAACUACGGUUACCGUGGAUACGCCGGCCUGGGCAGCACCAUACAACAUCCUGUCUCCCUGACGACCGCCGCCACCGCUGCUCAGAGUAAUGGCCCUACAGACCUCAGCAUGAAAUCUCUGGCCUCCAACAACAACAACUCUUCUUCCUCUGCAGUCUCCACCAAUAAUAGCCUGGGUGGGCGUGGCAGUGGAGGUGGGGGAGGCGGCGGGGCAUCCACCCAGCUCAGCCAACCGGAGAUCACGGCCGUGCGUCAGCUGAUCGCCGGUUAUCGGGAGUCGGCUGCCUUCCUGCUUCGCUCCGCGGAUGAGCUGGAGAAUCUCAUCCUGCAGCAAAACUGA